GAUGAGCGGCAAGAACUUCGGCAUCGAGGAGGCGAAGGAGGAGGAGCUUGAAGAGCGGCUCGAAGCCUGCAAGGAACUCCUGCUUCUCUGGCUGGCGGAGCAUCCCAAUCAGAUGUAUGUCCAAGGCCUGCACGGCCUGAUGGCGUUUUGCCAGUGGGAAAGCCGCAGCAAGGCGCGGGCCUAUGCGCGCUUCCAGGAGUUCACAGAGAAGAUCCCGGCAAGUUUCGUGGCGCGAGGGGGUGACGGAGGCAGAGAGGAGCAGCAGGCUCUAAUCGAUGCCACGUGGCGCCUCGUUCGGGCGAAGAACCCGACCUUCGCAGACCUCUGCGACGAAUGCCUGGAGAUCCAGGCAAUAGUUGGAGGAACCAUGCUUGGAUGGCAUGUGUCGCUCUUCUCCUUGGCCUUCGGGUUGGAGGCCGUGGGAGAGUUGGCGGAGCACGUGCUCCGUGGAGAUGAGCCGGAGCUCUUCCCGCAGCUCAUCGCAUCCUUGCUUGUCAGCCUGGAGCCGCAGCUGUCCCCGCUGCCGUCAUAUGAUUGGCCAGACAAGUUCGAGAAGCGCACCAAGGAGGUGAAGACCGAUUGGGAUGUUCGCCUGCUAAUCAUCCCAGAGCUGAAAGAGAAGCUGGCGCCCUUGGCAGAGGUGCCAGGCGUGGCCCUGCCCCCGAUUUUGGAGGUGAAGAAGGUGAAGAAGGCCAGGGCGCCGAGGCGCCCUUUGUGGCUCCACAUUCUGGUGAGCAUGCUCUGCAUGUUCUGGCUCCUGGGAGUCUUGGGGACCCAAAGAGGCCCCGUGGACAUGGAUCCUGGCAGCGCCUCCAUGGCACAGCUCUCUGUGCCGAAAAAGUUUAAGUCUGUUCAACUUCAACUCCGGGGUGAGACACGCCGGGGAGCGGAGGCAACAGAUGAUGGAGCUUCCGAUCCAGACACGUCAAUGCUUGGAGCAUUGUGGACCUGGGG